ACCCCUCCCGGCGUGGAAAGUGUGUGGGUUCCACAGCGGCCGACAUGGAGAACCGAGUCUCCUGCGAGCCAGAUGCCGCCGAAGUGCUGCCUCAGCACAAGUUCGACUGCGGGCCCUUGGAGGCCUACCUCAGCCAGCACUUGCCCGGCUUUGGGGCCCAGCCCGAGGCCAAGCUGACCAUUGCCCAGUACAGAUCAGGACAGUCCAAUCCAACCUUUUAUCUCCAGAAGGGCUUUCAAGGAUAUGUACUCAGAAAAAAACCACCUGGUUCACUUCUUCCUAAAGCACAUAAGAUUGAUAGAGAAUUUAAAGUCCAGAAAGCUUUGUUUUCUAUUGGAUUUCCUGUUCCCAAGCCUUUAUUGUACUGCAGCGAUGCUUCUGUCAUUGGAACAGAAUUUUAUGUGAUGGAACAUGUGCAGGGUCGAAUUUUUCGUGAUAUCACAAUUCCUGGAGUUAGCCCAGCAGAACGCGCAGCCAUAUAUGUAGCCAUGAUAGAAACCUUGGCUCGGUUACAUUCUUUGAAUAUAAACUCAUUGCAGCUGGAAGGAUACGGUAUAAGUGCCGGGUACUGCAAAAGACAGGUAUCAACUUGGACAAAGCAAUAUCGAGCAGCAGCUCACCAGGACAUUCCUGCCAUGAACCAGCUCUCUGACUGGCUAAUGAAAAACUUGCCAGAUAAUGACAAUGAAGAAAAUUUAAUUCAUGGAGAUUUCAGGCUAGAUAACAUAAUUUUCCAUCCUAAAGAGUCUCGAGUUAUAGCUGUACUGGACUGGGAGCUGUCAACCAUUGGGCAUCCUUUGUCAGAUUUAGCUCAUCUCUCCUUGUUCUACUUUUGGCCCAGGACAAUUCCAAUAGUAAACCAAGGCUCUUAUUUUAAAGAAAACAUAGGGAUACCAUCAAUGGAAGAACUAAUUUCAAUAUAUUGCAGCUGCAGGGGACUUAAUCCUAUUCUUCCUAACUGGAAUUUCUUUCUUGCUCUUGAAUGUUUUAAAAUGGCUGGAAUAGCACAGGGAAUAUAUAGUAGAUAUCUUCUGGGGAAUAGCGCAUCUGAGAAUAGCUUUCAGUUUGCCAAUUUUGUGCAACCUAUGGCAGAAACCGGAUUGCAACUCUCAAAAAGAACCUUCAGAACUACACUAUCCCAGAUUGAUACCACCCGAGAGUUGUUUGUACAGACUAGGAGAGGCCAGGAAAUUCUUACCAGGGUAAAGCAUUUCAUGAAACAGUACAUCCUUCCAGCUGAAAAGGAGGUAAUUGAGUUUUAUGCCCAAAAGGAAAACUCAGUAGACCAGUGGAAAAAACCUUUAGUGAUUGAUAAACUCAAGGAAAUAGCCAAAGCAGAUGGCCUCUGGAACUUGUUCCUGCCAGCUGUCAGCGGCCUCAGCCAGGUUGACUAUGCCCUGAUUGCUGAAGAAACCGGAAAGUGCUUUUUCGCUCCAGAUGUCUUUAACUGCCAAGCACCAGACACAGGGAACAUGGAGCUGCUCCACCUGUAUGGAAGUGAAAAACAGAAGCAGCAGUGGCUUGAGCCUCUUCUUCAAGGGACCAUUGCCUCCUGCUUCUGUAUGACAGAGCCAGAUGUAGCAUCCAGUGAUGCCACAAAUAUUGAAUGCAGCAUCCAACGAGAUGGAGACAGCUAUGUAGUCAAUGGCAAAAAAUGGUGGAGCAGUGGAGCUGGAAAUCCAGAGUGCAAAGUUGCAAUUGUUUUGGGAAGAACUAAAAAUGCCACAGCCGCAAGACACAAACAACACAGCAUGAUCCUUGUUCCUCUCAACACACCUGGAGUAGAAGUGAUAAGGCCUUUGUCAGUUUUUGGCUACAUGGAUUAUUUGCAUGGAGGACAUUUUGAGAUCCAUUUUAAUCAAGUUCGAGUUCCUGCCACCAAUUUAAUACUAGGGGAAGGAAGGGGAUUUGAAAUUGCCCAAGGCCGCCUUGGGCCUGGCAGAAUCCACCACUGUAUGCGGACUGUCGGUAUGGCUGAGCGAGCUCUGCAGAUCAUGUGCGAACGGGCGGCACAAAGGGUGGCCUUUAAGAAAAAACUGCACUCACAUGAGGUUGUGGCUCACUGGAUUGCUGAAAGCCGCAUUGCCAUUGAAGAGAUCCGCUUGUUGACCCUGAAAGCCGCCCACACCAUUGACACGCUGGGCAACACUGGCGCUAGAAAGCAGAUUGCAAUGAUUAAAGUGGCCGCCCCUCGGGCUGUCUGCAAAAUUAUUGACCGGGCCAUCCAAGUGUGUGGAGGUGCAGGUGUUUCCCAGGAUUACCCUCUGGCUAACAUGUAUGCCCUCAUGAGAACUUUGCGCUUAGCAGAUGGACCAGAUGAAGUCCACCUCUCAACAAUCGCAAAACUAGAGCUUGCAGAUCAAGCCAGGAGCCUGAUGGCCAAGAUGUAAGGAGGCAACACCCUCUCAUCUCAACUGCCUGGGAUCCAGAAUUUGAAUCACAUUCUGUUUUUGGAGCAGUUUUAGCUCAGAGUAAUUACUCAUUUUUAGUAAAGAUUUUAGGAUCUUUUUAAUCAUUUCAAGGGUCACACAAGAUUACAUUAAAUAAGAAAUUUUAAAAUGGUUAUUCAGUCUAAUACCUGUUUACUUGUUGAGUGUUUAAAUACUAAAUGUUGAUGACAUAAUGAAAUAAAUUGGAGAGCUAACGCAUAA